ACAGUCUCACAAGUCCCUCUUCUGGAAAAAAUUCUAUGAAUAUUGCUCUUUAUAUACGGUCUCUUUGCUUCAAUGCCCACUCAUUGAAGAUAUUGGGCUCAGGAUACUGAAGGAACUAGCUGUUUUUCCUGCUGUGUUUCCGGUCAGAGGUCACUGUUCUCAAAGCUUUGAAAGGCUUUGAGCACAGGCUUCUGAUCUCAUCAGUUGUACAUCUGCCCAGUAUAAGCUUCAUUGCUUCAAUAUUGUUUCCUUGAAGAAAACUUCAUGCAGUUUCCAGAAAUGAGGAAUGCGAUCCUACCGUCUUUUUCUUCACAAUAUUGCAGCUUGGGUAAUACACCUAAAAGUUUCUCAGGAAACAAUGAAAUAAUUCAGAUUCCAAACUCAGAAGUUUCAAUGCAAAUGGACCCCAAAGUGAAUGCCUACAGCAGCAGCUUUAUUAUCAGUUCUAAAGCAUACAGCAAUCAGCUAGGAGAUGGGGGAUUUGCCAUGCCUGCUCAGACCUUCAUUAAUGAUGAUCAACCAGGAACAUCUUUAUCAUCCACAAUCAAGAGACUAAGUCACCCUUGCCCGGCUGCGGAUUAUCAGACUAGCAUGCCAAGAUAUGACGGCAUUUCUCAGAUUCCACAGCUUGAAGAUGCUAUGCAAAAUGCAAGGAAACGACCCAUUGAGGCAGUCGAUGAUCUGGUGGGGAGGAAGAUUUUUGAGGAGUGGAAGAGCAGUAAGAAGAAGAAGAAGACUGUGAGCUCUGAAGGGCAAUGGCAUCCUCAAGCUAACAAAGAAGCCAUGGAGAUCCAAAGACAAAGACUGCAUGUGCCAGUGAAGAGAAGCCAAAAACUGAGUGACAGGAUCACAGCUCUUCAAAAGCUGGUUUCCCCUUAUGGAAAGACAGACACUGCUUCAGUUCUUCAGGAGGCUUCUCUUUAUAUCAAACUCCUCCAAGGACAGAUUAGGAACCUGUUUCAGAUACUAAGUACCUCAUACUGCAGAGUUACACCUCUUCAUCAGCAGAAAAUUGGAGAGAAAGAGCAGGACUUACAGAGCAGAGGGCUUUGCUUGGUGCCCAUAGCAUUCACUCAGAAACUGACAAGGGAAGACCAGGUUGAUCAUCAUCAAGCCAUGGAGCAGAGGGAGUUUUAGUAGCCAAUGAGAGGCCAUAUUUAGCUUGACCCUAGCAUUAAUCAUGAUUAUUUAGCAGUAUUAAAGCAAGAGGGGUUGCUGUUUUUGUUAUCUAAGGAAUUUAGGUAAAAUAUUACAUGUAGGUAGAAUGGUUUUUAUUCUCUUUGUCCCUCAGAACCUCCCAGAGACUUCAAAGUGAUCUUGAAUCUUGCUCUGGUUUGAUAACACUAUAGUGGUACUGGUUAUUCUUAUGGUAAUUUUUUCUGUUUAAUGGAUUGCGCCUUUAGUGGUUUUCAUUUGGUCAA